CUUCGUGUAAUCAAUAUUACAUUUUAUUUAGUUAUUUAUUACAUGACUUAAUAACGAAAUUCUCCCUUUAAGAAUGUCGCAGAGGAAAAACACUUUGUUUGCUGUUGCCUGUAUUGGCAUUGCUGUGAUGACGAGGAUCAUUGCUAAAAAAUACUUUAAAAAUCCCCCUUCCAAUGACAUCCCUAUGCCAACUGAGUCAGACUUUGCAACCGCAAAAGAAGGAAAAGAUAUUUUCUUUUACGACUUGGGAGGCACAUUUUGUAUGUGUGAAUGGAAAUGGAGUGUUGCGGAUUAUUGGUCUAAGGUGAUCUCAGGGUUUGCGUUUAACUUCGCUCACGUCAUUGGAACAUUCGAGUUUUACAUUCUAAUAGGUAACACGAAGGUACUGAUAAUAGCAGUGUUUGUUAAUGAAAUGAUAGAAGAAUUGUGGUUAACAAGUGGUUACUGGGGCUUUACUCUGGAUCCUCCCAUGGACAUGGAGGCCAGGUACGACUCCUUGAUUCGAGACACGGUAUGCUGUUUCCUUGGUAUUGGUCUCGCUCACAAGUUUGGCAAGGUUUUCAAAGUUAAACCAAUUGUUAAAGCUCCGAUUGUUUUCUCCUUUGACUCCAAGAACCCCCACAGUAUCACCAGAUGGGCUAAAUUUACGGUGGAAGGUAUCGCAUUGUGGCAGAUAACUUUGAUAUAUAAUGCUGAUCUUGGACCACAUAGAUUUAACCCGGGAAACAUAUUGCUGCUUGUCGCAUAUGCCUCUACUAUUUUGGUGAUUUGCUACUGGAACAUAGACGAUUUCCCCGACUGCACACGUCGUCACGUCAUCACGUGGCAUCUUGGGUGGAUGGUAUUUUCAAUCUACCUCUUCCUCUUCACCAUCUACCCCUCAUUUGACAGUGCUAUGUACCUCAUCUUCGUGGUGGAAUGCAGUGCUAGCAUUGCUAUUUACUGGACUGACGUUUACUUUAGAAACAAUGUAAACGGUAUACAGCAGCAGAUAUUUGGCAACCAGCAAUCUUCCAAACAAGGUGGGGCAGGACACAGUCUGCUGGAGGAUGAGACUAGGAACUUGAUCCCACUGAGUUGCUACAAGAAAGCGCUGGACAUGGUCGACAAUCGGGGCGAUGAAAAGGUGUCAAUGGAGGGUCUAAAGAAACUAGCAGCAGAUCUCCACCAUAACCCGGACCCCUCCGAGCUACCUCCCUCAAAGUCCGAGUACAUGACUAUCUGCUUUAAGACUCUCAUUAGAAUUAUUAUCAUCCUGAUCUGUAUAAGUCAGCCGUUCCUUUGGGACGGUCCUCAGUACAAGAGGCAUUGGUGCGGGAACCCACUUGUUAUGGGUUUCAACGGGUGUGCUAAAUAUCAUGACGAACUUUAGUGUGAUUAUGUUACAUUACCAUGUAAGGUAGUGUUGUUAUGGUUACGUUACCAAAUAAGGUAGUGUUGCUAUGGUUACGUUACCAGAUAAGGUAGUGCUGCUAUGGUUGCGUUACCAUACACUAUACAGGGUAAUGUUACUGUUGUUAAGUUACCAAAUAAGGUAGCGUUGCUUUAGUUAUAAUACCCAAGGUAGUGUUGGUUAUAUAAACAUAUAAGAUAGCGCUGCUAUGGUUACAUAACCAUAUAAGGUAGCGUUGCUAAAGUUAUACUAGCAGGAACCCGGCUAACCCUGAAGUGGCGUCAGGAGACAACAAUAAUUAUUUAUUCAGUGAUUUUGACACCAAUUUCGGGAGCUAAAAUUCUUAUUCCUUGGCCAAUUUUUAAUUUCUUUAUACUGGUCAAAAGGCCAUAAAAGCAUUCGACCCAGUCAAGAAAAUUUGAAUGGUUUAUCUCUCACGGUUUUCGCGGGAAGUCUCGCUUUAUAGAUAGUAAGAUAACUAAGGUUACAUUACUAUACCAUAUUAUAAGGUAGUUAGGUAGUGUUGCUAAGGUAACACUAUCAUAUAAGGUAGUCUGAUUAAUUUGUAAUUAUGUACUGUUAUUGACUAUUGAGUCUCAUUUGAUGAUUUUGUAAAAAAAUGUUCUGUUUAAGUAAGCAAGUAUUUGCUUUAAUCAUACCAUCGGUCAUCACUGAUGUCUGAUUCCAUUCAGUAUCAGAGAAAUUGUGAAGCAACAAGUGCCGGAUUUGGUUUUUGGUGUCGUUGCUAUGGUGACAUAUAAUAUAAGGUAGUGUUAGAUCACCAUUAAACGGAUUAAACGGAUAUAUUUUGUCGUUUUAUUAUUAUUAUUAUUUUAUUAUUAUUAUUAUUUUAUUAUUAUUAGUGUAUUUUAAGUGGAAACAUUUGAAAUUGGCGGUUGAGAUAAUUGAAAAAAUACUGAUUUCCUUCUAAUUUUAACAUUUAACUUGGGAUUGUUCGCAUGUUACCCUAACAAGAGUGAUGGAUCACGGUGGGUAUGGUCUAAAAAUUGAAAUGAUAAAAACCUGGCUUAAAUUUUCGUAAUAAAUUAAUAUGUAAACAAGCCCUUUUAAGUUUCAGCCGCCAAAUUCAAAUCUUUGCAGUUUGCUGUAUGAUUUUAAUGCUUUGUUACGUUUUUCGGGCAUUUCGUUUAGAUAAAAAUAUGAAACUACCAUAUCCCAUUUGGGUACAUGGUUAGUGGUUGCCAUAUAAAGUAGUGUCGCUAUGGUUACAAUCACAUUACCAUAUGAGGUAGUGUUGCUAUGGUUACAUAUUACAUAAUACAUUACCAUAUAAAGUAGUUUUGCCAUGUUCGAAGGUAAAAAGGAAGAUUUGUAUGUGUUCGUUUGUCUUACGUCACGAGACUUAAUUUUUUGAUACCCGCCGCUGCGCGCGCGGGGCAGCACGUGGGCAAGGUGUUAGUGUGUAUGAUGAGUAAUAAUAUAUAUCGGUACUAGUGAGACUUAUGUGUUAGCUCCUUUGAAAUAUGUUUUAUAUUUAUUUACGACACUUCA